CGGUUUUACAACUUGGACCACGUGUUGCUGCUCCCCAACAACGUUCGUCGAAGCGAAGAGUGCUGGCUGUUGUACGGCAAUGCGGAAGGUCGUGCGUUGUCUGCGUCUGUUGAGGAAGCGGGAGAAGGCACAAAGUAAGAAGAAGAAGAAGCGCGACGUUUUGGCAAAGUCAACGGUUACUGUGAUCCAACCACAGGCAGGAGACGUGUUUCAGUUUCAUCGCAGCCGUUGCUCGGAAAGCACACACCUUUCGGGUCGAAGUUCGGUUAGUGUAACGGAACGCGCCACGAUGUAAGGAAGGGAAAAUUUUUUCUUUGCAAAAACCUCCAACGGUUACGGAUACGCAAGUCGUGCUCGAUGCGCCUCGACGCCUGAAGCUGUGUAUGGAUUAUAAGUGAUUGUGUUGGCUGACUUACGUCGAGUGAUUUCUUUUGUGAAACAUUGGAUAUCAUACGCCUCGUGGUCAUCGCUAGAGAGCGGAAAUGGAUUCAAGCUCUGUCGGUUUGUAACGGAUAUCUAGCACCACCAUUCUAGUUGAUUUUUUUCCGAUUGGAACCAGCACACGCUUUCCAUGGGAAUAAAAAUGUCAUACGCGUGUCGCUGCCAUUGAAAAUCAUUGCGUGGAAUCAGAGAAUUUAGUGGAUAACGCUACAGUGGAUAUUUUUCUUCCGUCGUCGUUGGUCUUCGGGAAACAAUAUUGUGUGUGAAUACAAAUGUGAGAAAACUUUUGCAGCUCAGUAGUUUUUCUGCAAUGUAACCUUAUCAUUUCGAAAUACUAAUGGAAAAGGUUCAAAUAAAUGCAACUGAUGCUCAAAUUGAUGUGUGAAAUUAUAAAAAAGUGAGAAUCGGUGUUUUUGAGUCCUUUUUUCUCAUCAAAAUAGUGCCAAUUAAUGUUAACUGAAGCAUAAAAAUAAUUUAUGUUUAGUCUCCGUGUCAUGUUCAAGAAGCAAAGAAAAAAAUUAAUCGAAACAAAAGGAAUAAAAAAUCAACGAAUCGGUUUCAAAACUUCUACCUGGCGAACGAGUUUAAGGAUCGGAUAACUGUACAGCUUGUCCCGAUUAAUAAUUUCAUCUCAGAAUCAUAGAGACGCAAGGAUCAGUAGAACAAGUUAUAAAGUGCAUUUUGGAGCCACCUGCGGCAAAAGCAUCAUUCAAACUUCUUCAGAACUGUGACAGACUUUACGGAGUCGAGCUCAAAAUGUCAUCGAGUGCAAGGGCUGUAAAUUCUUUCGGCGCAAAUUGAUGCCACUAGGAGCCGGCUGACAGGACCAGCAAAGUUUAUUGAUGCAAUGUUCGGUUUCAACGAAUCGUCGAUAGAUGUCCCCCGGCCAUUCCAUAAUGGUACAGAACUGUUCACCACUGUGAUACUCAGUAGCAUAAAUACGUCGCUCGAGCUGAUGAAUGAUUCCCUGUCGCUGGGAAGUCAACAGAAUAAUCAACAACAGCAGCACCUCCAGCACCCGCACCGCCACCAUGAUUAUCCUUCAGGAAGGUCGGCACAUGACAUCUUCCAGCGGCAGCAAUUGGACGACCCCACGAUGACGGUGGACGAUGGACGAAGUUUAUCUUUUAAUUACAGCAGCAUCCUCACGGGUGCUGGCUCUCGAGGCAGUCCGAUGGGUUCCCUGCCGGGACUACUGGAAGAUGAGGAACCGUUUGACAAUCUAACGGCAAUUUAUGGCCCGAAACGGGACCCGUUAUAUGUGGUCCUCCCAAUCACUAUUAUCUAUGUGCUAAUUUUCGUGACUGGAGUUAUUGGAAAUAUCAGCACGUGCAUCGUGAUAUCGAAGAACAAAUCGAUGCACACGGCCACCAAUUACUAUCUGUUCAGUUUGGCCAUCUCGGACUUUCUGCUGCUGAUUUCCGGCGUCCCGCAGGAAAUAUACUUCAUCUGGAGCAAGUAUCCGUAUAUCUUCGGCGAAGUGUUCUGCGUGGUCCGGGGCAUCGCCGCAGAAACGUCGGCCAACGCGACGGUCCUGACGAUUACGGCCUUCACCAUCGAGCGGUACGUGGCCAUCUGUCAUCCGUUCCUGUCGCACACCAUGUCAAAGCUGUCCCGGGCGAUACGCUUCAUCUUCGCCAUCUGGUUCGUGGCCAUCGUUUCGGCCGUGCCCCAGGCCCUCCAGUUCGGAGUCACCGAUCAAUCCGGAGUGGAUCAGUGCGUCGUAAAGCGGAUAAUCAUUCAUCACUCGUUCGAACUGUCGACGUUCAUAUUUUUCUUCGCCCCCAUGACGCUGAUAACGGUGCUGUACGCACUGAUCGGAUUGAAGCUGCGGUCCUCGACAAUGAUGCAACGGGAUGGGACGCUGCAGCGGAGGAACAACACCUGCCCGGUGGCCAACAGGCAGCAGGGCUCGACCAGCCAGGGCACCAGGCGAGUGCUUAAGAUGCUGGUGGCCGUCGUAGUGGCGUUCUUCAUCUGCUGGGCCCCAUUCCAUGCCCAGCGACUGGUGUACAUCUACGGCGUCGACAAAGAUCACCAACCCACGGAUCCGCUGAUUCUGAAACUGUUUGUUGUCACCACCUACAUAUCGGGCAUCCUGUACUACCUGUCCACCUGCAUCAACCCGCUGCUGUACAACAUCAUGAGCAACAAAUUUCGGCAGGCGUUCAAGGAGACGCUGGCCCACGGCUGUCACGUUCCUUCGCGCAAAUCACGCCACGGCAAAGAGCGCCGACCAUACCGAAUUCUGCCCCGACGGGAGCGACGUUCAGCUGCAAACAAGGACUCUUCUGAAUUCUCAGGCAAUUCCAUUAAAGACGACAGCAUUUACUCGUCCUCUACUCAAAAGCAAUCCAUCGACUCCGUAGCGAUGUCCCGCGGCCAAUCGAUGAAGCGCUACAGUGGCGGCCAGCAACAGUCGUCUUCGAUGCUGGAGAGUACCGCGUUUGAACCGUCCCGGAUCAUGGUCACAUCGGCAGCCCAUCUGAAUCUCUACACGGAGCAGGAGGAGCUCUGCCUCAAUAUCUUCCCCUCGACCGGUACUUGUCGGUCUCGGUCCUCGGAAAAUCUCUCCCAUAUCAGCAUUCAACUGAACCGGGUAAACAUUCCGGAGGAAACGACAACGGCGAGUGCGGCCAUUACUGGGAGCCAAUCUAAAUAUCGCCACACUUGUGGCUUCCCGCAGCAACAUCAACCGAUUCCAUUUUCGACCACGUCGUUCGAUGAGAGCUUGGAAAAAUCUUCUUUCGUAACGAAACGACGUCGCAGCAAGCGAUGGCAGAAGAAGCUAGUCCAGAGUGAUAUUUGUACUACCAAGGCAACCGAAGGCAGAGAUGGGUGCGUUGCUUCUGACAGUGCUGCUGCCAACUUGGAUGUGAUCUACAGCAACCGGCAGGGAGAGAUAAAAAUAUUUAUUAAACAUAUAAACCACCACCAUCGCAGAAGCCGUUUGCGGUUCUGGCGCUACUUUCAGCACGUGUUGUCGACGUCUGCGUCUGCAUCUUCGUCAAAUGCGUCGCCGUCCGAACCGUCGGCGAAUGUUUCCGUCACUUCCGGUAGCAGAACAACCAGACAGCGUCCUACGGCGGUUCACUUCUACAGUCCGGUUCUUUGUUCUACCUCCUACAACAACAACAACAACAACAACAGCAGCAGCAACGGGAUAGUCCACAAUGGCAUCGGCGGAAAUGAAAUCGGCUGCAGCGCCCUCGGUGCGGACCAAUGUUUGGUGUCUGCCCUCGUCGAAAAUCGUCAUCAUAAUCAUCAACAAAAUCCGAUGGAUCAUCCUAAUCUGGCCCAACAAGCAACAAGCACCACAAGCACAAAUGCCACAAUGAAAGCAGCAGGAUCAGGAGCAGGAGGAUUUCAGGCAUCCGUAAUGGAUCCAUUUCCGCCGAACCACUUCCGCCCCCAGGAAGACGAUCUGGAUGCGUACAUGAAGGAGAUUGAGCAGCGGGCAAACAAAAGCUCUUCGCCCAAUCCCUGAACGUGCUCUAUGCUGCUGCCAUUCUACCGGCAAUGACUGGAUCUUCUUUUGCUUUUGGUUUUUGAUCUGAAUAAAGAAGCGCAUUGUGUAGAGAACAGAAAAUCGGCUCAACGCGGAAGAUUCUUCCGGGAAAAAUCUGUGGCGUUUAGGUAUCCUACCUAUAAAAGGAAGGAAAAAUAUCCUUCCCAAGAAAAAAAAAUGACCAACAAAUUUUUAAGACCAUCCCCACCAUGAGUGAGAUGAUGAUGUUUCUUAUCGUUGCCUAGUUAAGGUUUCUAAAUGUUUUCCAAAUUUACGGAUUGCCCUUUCAGAAUAAGCGACGGAUAGAUAAGCAAAACGAAAAUAUGUCGGCUUAAUGCUUGCUAGGGGGGACGAUUUUGGAAAAACCACCUUUUAUCCUUUUUCGUUCCCGGUACCAUAGAGAGAUGAUUAUCAAUUCGGUGAUGAAUGGAACGACAAGCUUCUCGUGACUUUGUGAGGUUACAUUUUCUGGUAAUUUUGGCUGUUAAUUAUCUUUUUCCUCCUACUUUUUAAUAGUUAGUUCAAAACUCAACUGAGUACUUUUGAGUAAAUGGAAUGUGAGUAAUAUACCGGAGAGCUCUCGAUAAACUAAUUUCGUCCGAAACCUAUACAGCUUUCUACUAACGGCGCUAAACCACGAGUCGGACCGGGGUAAACAAAAACUGGCAUUUUAGAUUCCAGUAGUUUGUCGGAAAACCGCCAAAACCGAAACCGAAACCGUGCGUACCAAUUGUAUGGAAUCAGUUAGUCUCAAUUACUAACCAAAUCAAAGUUUUCCAGAGAAGUGACUAGGGUUGGUUGAAGCCUAAAAAUUUUAAACAGCAGCAAAUGCAUCGACGAAAAAGUUUUUCCAUGUUGGGAAUGACCCGGGAGGUUUAGCUUAUUCCGGCCGGAUGCUUCACCCAACGGAAAAUUUAAUAGAAACGGACGAAAAAAUAUCGCCCAAACCAUCCGUAAGCUGGCUUGCUUCCUGUCUACUUUUUUUUUGCGGCAGAUGGGGCUUAGGAUUUUUUUUGGGAAUCUCGGUAAUCUAAACACAGUUUCGCGAUGGCAAUUAGGAUUAUACGAUCUAGAUAUUUUGUCCAAAUGGAGAUUUUUACGCUGUGGAAGCCACUGCAACCUGGGGGUAUUACGUAAGGUUGAUUCUUAUGAACGAAAGUGAAAAUCAGAAGCUUACACUUUUCAGAGGUUGUUUGAAUCAGUGUUCCGAAAACCAAUCAAAAGAAACACACGGGAUUCGCUUCGCUUCUUGUUGGAAAGUUACAGCUGCUUGAAUUUCGAGUACCGACUUUUUUUAAUUGAUUAGCUCCUGGAGUUGUCUUUUUCAUUUUUCCAAAAUCGUCUCUCCUCAAACGAAGAGAAGUGGCUUUAGUAAUUUAAGGUUGGCGAAAUGAAUCGUCGGAACUACUAAGAGUCUAAUAGGGUACAAAUAAGUCACUAAGUGAUAUUGUGAAUGUCGGCUUAAUUGAGAGGCAAUCGAUGAUGUUAGGAGGGACAACGAAAACAGCAACAACAAAACAAAAAAAAACGAGAACUAAACAAUCAUUUUUUAUUGUUCGAUCGAUCGAGGCAAGGCUGUGCUUAGAAAAUACAAUGUAUAUGAAUGUUUCUGAAAUUUAUUGAAAUAAAUGAGAGCAUUUAACAGUGAUGUGUUUCCAUGUUUGACAGAGUCUUUAGAAAUCAAUCAA